AUGACGAGGCUUUUGCCGUCAAAACUCGAGGGGGCCUCGGCUUUCACCGACCCGACUUACUGGAAGAAUUUCUUCGCUCAACGAAAGUCCCCCUUUGAAUGGUACGGUGAUUAUCAAGUGCUCUCGACGGUCUUCGACAAGUACAUACGGCCCUCCGAUCAAAUACUGCAAAUCGGUUGCGGCAAUUCGGCGCUGGCCUCGCAGCUCUACGACAACGGCUACCAGCAUAUCCACUCGAUUGACACGGAUAGCCGCGUAAUUCGCGACCAGAAACUCCGCAACCGCGUACGAAGCGGUCUCGUAUUUGAGGAAGGCGAUGCAACGGCGCUCAAACACGCAGAUGAGAGCUUCAAUGUAGUGGUGGACAAGGGAACGCUGGACGCCUUGUUACCCCCGGAUCCGAGUGACGUGAACAAAAGUGUGGUCAGCCGUAUGUUUAGCGAGGUGGCACGUGUUCUUGCCGCAAACGGCCGCUACAUAAUCAUCACGCUGGCGCAGGAGCACAUCAUCAAUUUUUGGGUUGAGCAGCUACGUUCACGCUUCUUUCUGCGCGUGCACAAGGGGACGGAUCACGACACCGAAUUCCGAAUGCCAGUGUUUGUACUGGUCGCAACAAAGCUGCGUCACCCCAUGGAGAUGCCGUUAGAAUUCUCAAAAAGCAGCGACGCCAAGAUGGAUCGCGUGCCUUCCGUGGGCAAGCUGUACGAGCUGAUCCGGGCACAGCAGGAAUUCGGCCAAUUCAUGUUCCAUUGUCACCAGCAACUGCCCGAAGAGGUGUCGGUGAUUCUGCACGACAACGAGAAUAACCCAAAGUACAAGGUGUUCCUCGUUGACAAGGACGCUAAAGAAGGGCCUCUAGAGAGCUACGCUAUAUUCAUAGUACCCCUCGGGCGUGACUGCGACUGGAUAUUCGGGACGGAGCGCGGGCGCCGCGUGCUGCGGAUGCAAUGCAAAGCGGACCGUCUGGCCGUCGUCCACCUCUACCGUCACAUGGAGUAUCCGUGCAUGGAAACUGUGAAGCAGGAACUGAACCAUUACGCGACCACUUGGGCCCCGGGUAAUUUGACCGGCGAGUUCCAAUACCUGUCGAUGGGUGCCACCGAUGUCAGGAAGAGCGUCGCGAGCGGAAAGUCGGAAAUCAAUGGAGAAUGGAGUGUUGAAGAGGUCGACGUUAACGAUGAAGUGCUGCGUCGGCUCGUCUUCAGCUCUUCACAGAAUCUUAUCCAAACAGAGGCCAAAAUGAAACCGGCCAAGAAAGGCAAGAGAGUGAUGAGCUUCGACGAGCUGGCCGCCGAGUACCAGGAGCUGAUGUUGUUGUCCCUGUGCUUCCACCCCGAAAAGCCGAUCCUCCGCCUCGAUAUUGCCGAGCUGAAGGUGGCCAUCCUGGGACUGGGCGGUGGCCUUUUGACCACUUUCCUCAUACAGAAUACAAAACAGCUUUCCUGUGUGAGCAUCGAGCUGGAUCCGGUCGUUGUCAAGAUUGCCAAAGAACACUUUGGCCUACCGCAUAAGGACCCACGCUUGGAGGUGCGCGUCAUGGAUGCGUUGGACUAUUUGCACGAGGCGGCAGUUGCAGAUGAGGCCAACAAGCUCGACAUCCUGUUCGUCGACUUGGCUGGUGCGAUGGAUGACAGCGGUCUCUCCUGCCCGCCAAUCGCUUUCGUCGAAGAUGACGUCCUUUUGAACAUGCGCAACUGCCUGAAGCCCAACGGCGUACUCGCGCUCAACCUCGUCACCAGAGAUGAAGCCAUAUCGCACGACAUCAAGGCCAGAGUGGCCCACUAUUACUCGGACGUCUUCAGGGUCACCUCUACGGACGAUAUCAACGAGGUGCUCAUCUGCCUUCCGAACACCCUACCCACCCGGUUCGACCACGAGCAAAUGGCGGCCGAAAUCAAGGACUCGGCCCCGUCGACCCCGCUGACCAAGGCGGUGCUCAGCCAGCUCACCCAUCUCAACAAGUACAUCUCGAUCUCGCCGGAAGGGCCGAAU